AAAAAAUCCAGGGCAAUUUCAGUUUGACUCGUCUUUUGCUCUGUUCUCGUUGCUUCAUUAUUCAAUUUCCUUAAAAAUUACAAAGCUGGUAAUUCAUUUGAAUUGUAAAUCAACCCACAUCACCUCCAGCUAUGAAAGUGCAGUACGACGAAGAUAACAUUCUGGGCCGUGGGUGCUACUCCAUCGUCUUCCGCGGGACUUUUAAUCGCCAACCGGUGGCCGUCAAGAGAAUCCAGUUGAUUGACGCCAGAGGUAACGGAGAGGAUGAAGCCGAUUUGGCCAGUCUUCAUCACCCGAACGUCGCCAAACUCUUACAUUCAGAAAGCGACACGCAUUUCAAGUACUACGCCCUGGAAUUAUGCGCCGCCUCGCUGGAUCAGCUCUUCCUCAGCGAUCAGGAUCCCAAGAAAUACCGCGGAGCGAUGCCGCCCUACGAUCUCAUCGUCAUACUCCAACUGGCCACCGGCCUCGAGUACAUCCAUUCCAAAGAUCUGGUCCACGGCGACGUCCGCCCAGAAAAUGUCUUGAUCUCGGCGGGCACGGCCGGCAGCCGUCAGAGAGUUCUCCUGAAAUGGGCCGAUUUCGGACUGUGUCGGGCAGAAGAGACGAGCGAAAAAUGGAAGAGAUCCAACUGGGUGGCACCCGAAAUGAUUGAUCAGGCAGAAAACGAAAGUCGUCGUCAUAUCCAUCGACUAGUGCGGACGGAUACCGUGGAGAGUGACAUCUUCUCCGAAGGUUGCGUGUUCUUCUACUUCCUAAUGGGCGGGAUCCAUCCGUUCGGUCCUCACUGGGAAAUCACCUCGAACGUCGUCAAAAAUAAACCCGUCAAUUUCAAAAAAUUGUUGAACGGACAUUUUGCUCGUGCCAUCAUUCAGAUGAUGCUGGAACCGGAGCCGGAGGAUCGUUUGACGUCGGCAGAAGUCGUCCAGCAGCUGAGCGUCAUCAUGAAGCCUCAAGAGGUGAUGAAUAAUGAUUAUGAUGAUGAUGAUGACGAACAGUUUCAACAAAGAGGACUAGAACUGUUGGAAUUAUGCGCCAACCCCGAUCCGGAUGUCGAACAAAUUUGCCAGUUGAUUGACGAAGGUGUCGACCUCAACUGCACCGGAGAAGAGGGCAUGACGCCGUUGCUCUUGCUCUGCCGCUGGAACCAAACCGAACAACUUCACACCUGUCUAAAACUGCUGCUGGUCGAACGAAAGCAUCAGUACACUCCGGUUGACGUCAAUUGUCGCGACAAUAACGGCUGGAACGCACUCCUAUUCCUUUGCCGCCAUUAUCCCAGGGAAGACCUGUUUGAAAUUGUCGAUUUGCUUAUCCGGCACGGCAUCCAAGUCAAUUGCAAGAACGAAGAUGGGGAGAAUGCCCUUCUCUUUCUCUGCCAAUAUUACUCCAACGACAAUUUGAUCGAUAUAGUCCAACUCUUGAUCGAAAAAGAUAUCGAAAUCGACGGCUGUGACAACAACGGCUGGAACGCCCUGCUUUACUUGUCCUUACAUUAUUCCAAUGAAAAUUUGAUCGACAUUGUCGAUUUGCUCAUUCACCGCGGCAUCAACGUGAAUUGCACCAACAACUACGGCAACAACGCUUUGCGCUACCUGUGCCAGUAUUACUCCAAAGAUAAUUUAGUCAGCAUUGUCCAGCUCUUGCUACGAAACGGCAUCGACGUCAACUGCAGAAAUAAUUACGGAAACGACGCUCUCAGAUACCUGUGCCAGUACUACAGCAGGGACGACCUGGUGGCCAUCAUUCAACUGUUGAUUGAGCACGGGAUCGACUUGAAGAUCAGAAAUCACGAAGGCUGGAACGCUCUUUUGACCGUGUGUCAGUAUUAUCUCAAUGACAAUCUUGUCGACGUCGUCCAAUUGUUGAUUCAGCACGGAAUCGACGUCAACGGGAAGAACAAGGACGGCUGGAACGCUUUAAUGCUGCUGUGUCGCUAUUACGCCAAUGAGCAUUUGAUUGACAUUGUCCAGUUGCUCAUUGAGAAAGGCAUCGAUUUGAACAGCAGAACAUUGAACGGAUCCAACGCCCUUUUAAUUUUGUGUGCCAACUACCCGAAAGAUAAUUUGAUCGCCAUCGUGAAAUUAUUGACCCGACACGGGAUUGACGCCCAUUGCAAGGACAGUGAUGGGGGCAAUGCAGUCAGAUACGUGCGACGCUGGUACAAAGGUGCCAACGUUUUGGAAAUAACUCAAUUGUUGAUUAACAACGGUUGCAUUUGCGAAACUUGAACUGUGUAUUAAUAAUUGCAAUAAAUAUAUUUCGUGAACUAGAA